AGCAGUCAGUGCGAGAUAGAGAGAUGUGCAACCUCAGGUUACCUCAUGCGUGCUAAACUCCAGGGCCCUGUUGGGUAAAAGGGCUUUGCAGAGACAGUUGGGCAGGUAUGAAGUAUCCUCCAACACCUCUCUCUAAAUCCCUGCUGGACAUGGAGGUGGCCAAUUACUCCGAGGGUCUGGAUCCCACCUACAGCACCCUUGGGUUUGAGAAUGCAGACGUCCUUUAUGAAGGGGACAUCAUGCCGGCCGAACCCAACAUGAUCCAGGGGGAUAAUGGCAUGAACUCCAACUGUGCCAUCUGCGGGGACAAAGCCACUGGCAAACACUACGGCGCUUCCAGCUGUGACGGCUGCAAGGGCUUCUUCAGACGGAGCAUACGCAAGAGCCACGUCUAUUCUUGCAGGUUCAAUCGCCAAUGUGUAGUCGACAAAGACAAAAGGAAUCAGUGUCGGUUUUGCCGUCUCCACAAAUGCUUUAGAGCUGGAAUGAAGAAAGAAGCGGUACAAAAUGAAAGGGAUCGUAUCAGCUCAAGAAGAAACCUACAGGAAACCAGUGACCUGCCCCCUAUCACCUUACUUGCACAGGCAGAGUCCCUAUCACAACAGAUCAACGCCAUCAACCCCACAGUGCCCCCUGAUGUCUCAGAGACGAAAUCAGCUACCAUAGCUGACGUCUGUGAGUCCAUGAAACAACAGCUGCUCGUUCUGGUAGAAUGGGCUAAAUACAUUCCGGCUUUCAGUGAAUUGCCACUUGAUGACCAGGUGAGUCUCCUAAGAGCGCACGCUGGAGAACACCUCUUACUUGGUGUGGCCAAGAGGUCAAUGCCCUACAAAGACAUCUUGCUUCUCGGUAAUGGUUGUGUAAUCCACCGGAACUGUCCUGAGGCAGAGAUCAAUCGAGUCGCCAACCGUGUCCUGGACGAAUUAGUCUUACCCUUCCAAGAUAUCCAGAUCGAUGACAAUGAAUAUGCAGCCUUAAAAGCUAUCGUUUUCUUUGACCCCGAUGCCAAGAGCCUUCGAGACCCAGCCAAGAUUAAAAAUAUGAGGUAUCAGGUCCAGAUGAGCUUGGAGGACUACAUCAACGACCGACAGUACGAUUCGCGGGGCCGCUUUGGCGAGCUGCUGCUCCUGCUGCCCACCCUGCAGAGCAUCACCUGGCAGAUGAUCGAGCAGCUGCAGUUCAUCAAGCUCUUCGGCCUGGCCAAGAUUGACAACCUGCUGCAGGAAAUGCUGCUUGGAGCUGACCUGUCGUCCCCAGGGAUAACCACAGAGCAGCCCCACCUGCAUCCCCCUGGCCAUCCCCAGCUUGCUCAGGACCCUCAUACUGGCCACACUCUUGUCAUCAGCUCCAUCCCAGCUUCUGUGCAUAUACAGCAGAUCGCUUCUCCAGAGACCCCCAUCCCCUCUCCUCAACAGCUGCCCAACCAGGAGAUGUACAAAGCAGCAUCUAGUCCCACCACCAUUCUACUCCCUGCCACGGACCAGAUGAACAGACAAUCCCCAGAUCCUCCUCUCUGAAGCCUCUUUGUGCCUUUUUAGAAAACGUUAUAGAUAUCUGAAUGUUAUAUUUUUAAAUGUGAAAAUUUUAGAGGAUCAUUUUUAUUUCCAUUGUGCCUCUACUUCAUGCCUAUAUGAAUAAAUUUGUUAAUUUAGUAACAUGCGGUGGGGUUGUUUGUUGUUACUGGUGAUGUAGCAUUUGUUUUGUAUGACCAUACUCAAUGUUUCUAGGUGUUGUAACUGUUAAGACAUGAUAACUGUAUGUAAUUUUGGCUAGAUGUCAUUCAAAAAGUAAAUUGUGAGUCCUUCUGUUUUUCACAUCAAUUCUA